GUCACGGCUCUAUCAGCGUGGAUCAGCGCAGGGAGGACCGGCAAGAACUCGCCGCGGCAUGACCGAUCCCGAUGCAGCAGUAGCUCCACUCCAGCCUGCACUUGACUUCCCUCACACUUGACUCUCUGCAGGCAGCAAACAUGUCUCGAUUCGUCGGCCGUCUCUUCCUAGUUGCUUCUCAGCACGCCUCAGCAAGAUCUGCGGUGUUACCGAGGAGGAUCCCGGUGUUCAUCCGCCCCGUAUCCACAUCUCCAGGCCUGCAGUCUCUCACACGAUACAAUAAGACCACAGACUGGCACAAGAAACUGAGCCCAGAACAGUAUGUUGUCACCAGAGAAAAAGGGACUGAAGAGCCUUUUAGUGGGAUCUACCUGAACCACUAUGAGACGGGGAUGUACCACUGUGUCUGCUGUGAUGCUCCACUUUUCAGUUCAGAGGCUAAAUAUGACUCUGGAACAGGCUGGCCAGCGUUCAAAGAGGCUCAUGGGACAUGGGAGCGCGAUGAAAGCCACGCCUCCAUCAUUCGUCGUCCUGACAACAGCCUGGGUAGUGCCGGGACAGAGGUCCUUUGUAAAAAUUGUGAUGCCCACCUUGGCCAUUUGUUUGAUGAUGGGCCCGACCCGACAGGCCAGCGGUUCUGUAUCAACAGCGCAGCUCUUAUGUUUAAACCCAGAGAUAACCACAAACCUGACAAGGAUGAGCAGAACUGAUGGACUUAAACCACUGAAAACAUUAUUUUUUACCUGCAAAUGAAUCACUCUCAGUUUCUUGUUGGGAAACAGUGGAUAUAUGCAGGACAUUAGUAGAUGAAUCAGUUGGUAUCUCUCAAUGAAAGUCAAAUUCAUUUUGAUUUUUUAAAACUUUUUACUAAUGUUUGUAUUCAAAAUUUUGUGUAAACUAGAAUGUCAUCUGAUGUGAGUUUGUCUCAAAUUGCAUUUUGAAUAAAAAACUUAACACUUCA